UCCACUGAGCCUCACUGGAGGGCAUGAGGCACCAUUAUUAUUUUACUGAGGUGCUAGAGGUGAUUUUCAGGUGAGCACAGGGGAAGCCAGAGGACCACCAGAUGCUUGUGAGACUGGGGAGCAGGCUUUGGUCAGAGUGGAUAACAGGGGUCCUCUGCUGGGUUGAGGGGUUCAGGAGGGCAGCGCACACUCCAUCGCUAUAGGAGUUUUUGGAUGUCUGAGAGGAGAGAGCGUGGGAGGAGAGGAAAGGAAACAUUCACGAUCUGUUCUCCGUGUAGAAGCUCAGUUCCCGAGUCUCCGGCGGUAAAGGACGAGGGCAGGUGGCCUCGUCAGCGUCUCCAGGCCUCGACCGCGUGUAGUGGAAGCAGUGCAAUGGGUUGUGCUGGCGCUUUGAAGACACGUUCUCAAGAUGCAGACAUGACUCCCCGACAUCCUAUCAUCUCAGAAAACAACCCAGAGCAGGACCAGGGCCAGGCCCGGGAUGACAUGGCCGCUUCUCAGGGACCGCUGACCUUCAGGGAUGUGGCCGUAGAUGUCUCUCAGGAGGAGUGGGAAUGCCUGGGCCCAGCUCAGCGGGUGCUGUACCUGGAUGUGAUGUUGGAGAACUACAGGAGCCUGGUCUCCCUGGGCUUCACUGUCUCUACGCCAGAUCUGGCCCCCUUUUUGGAGCAUCUGAAAGAGCUCUGGGAUGUGAAAGGAAGCAACACAUUCUCCAUCCGCCAAGAUAUGUUAUCUGAAGACAACCAGGCCUUCUUACAAAAUCCAGGAAUAGAAGAUUUAUUCCCCAAAAUAAUACUGGGUACAUAUAAUGAAGACAGAAGUUAUCAAUUCAGUGAAUAUUGGAAAAACUUUAAUAGAGAAUCAAAUGCUAAUAAUAAGAGAACUCAGCUUCCAGAAAACCAUUAUACAUGUAGAAAAGCCUUUGACCAAAUGUCAAGUCACAGUAUAGAUGAAGUAACUCAUAUUGUGGAGAAGACAAACAAACAAAGUAAAUGUGACAAGUCUUUCAAGCAAUCUUCACAUCAUACUGAACAAGAGAAUAUUCGUACUGGGAAGAGCACUUACAACAGUAAUCCAUGUGAGCUAAUCUGUGAUCAAAUAUUAAAUCUAGAUAAAUAUAAGAAUACCCAUACUGAAGAAAAACCUUACAAAUGUCAAGAAUGUGGCAAAGGCUUUAAAUGGCAUUCAUGUUUUAAUCUACACGAGAGAAUGAAUGCUGAGGAGCACCUUUACAGAUGUACAGAAUGUGGCAAAGUCUUUAAACAUCCCUCAAAACUAACUCAGCAUCAGAGAAUUCAUACUGGAGAGAAACCUUUUAAAUGCAGAGAAUGUGGUAAAGCCUUCAGCCAGGCCUCCACCCUUACUGACCAUCAGAGAACUCACACGGGAGAAAAGCCUUACAAAUGUGGACAGUGUGGCAAAGCCUUCAUUCGUUUCUCAAAACUUAGUCGCCACCAGAUCAUUCACAGCACAGAGAAACCUUACAGAUGUAAGGAGUGUGGAAAAACCUUUUCUUGGCAUUCAUACCUUACUAAACAUCAAAUAAUACAUUCUCGAGACAAGCCUUACAAAUGUGCAGCAUGUGGCAAAACUUUUCAUUACCAUUGGUGUCUUACACAACAUGAGAGAAAUCACAGUGGAGAAAAGCCUUAUCAAUGUAACAUAUGUGGCAAAACUUUUAAAUGGCAUUCAUGUCUUAUUGUACAUGAGAGAAGAAUUCAUACUGGGGAGAAACCUUACAAAUGCAGACAGUGUGGCAAAACCUUUUAUCAGCACUCAAAACUUACUCAACAUCACAGAAUUCAUACUGGGGAGAAGCCUUAUGAAUGUGGAAAAUGUGACAAAGCCUUUAAACGCCAUUCAUAUCUUACUAUACAUGAAAGAAUUCAUACUGGAGAGAGACCUUACAAAUGCAGAGAAUGUGGCAAAGCCUUUAACCAGUCCUCACACCUUACUCACCAUCAGAGAACUCAUACUGGAGAGAAGCCUUAUAAAUGCAGAGAAUGUGGCAAAGCAUUUAGGCGGUCCUCAACCCUUACUGACCAUCAGAGAACUCAUACUGGAGAAAAGCCUUUUGAGUGUGGAGAAUGUGGCAAAGCCUUUAAUCGUCUCUCAAAACUUACUCGCCAUCAGAUCAUUCAUACUGGAGAGAAACCUUACAGAUGUAACGAGUGUGGUAAAGCCUUUGCUUGGCAUUCAUAUCUUACUAAACAUCAGAUCAUUCAUUCUCAAGAGAAGCAUUACAAAUGUGGAGAAUGUGGCAAAACCUUUAACUACCGCUGGUGUCUUACUCAACACGAGAGAACUCAUACUGGAGAAAAGCCUUAUAAAUGUAGUGUGUGUGCCAAAGCCUUUAAUCAGCGUUGGUCUCUCACCCAACACGAGAGAGUUCAUACUGGAGAGAAAACCUUACACAUGUAGAGAAUGUGGCAAAACCUUUAGCCUAUGUUCAAAACUUACUUACCAUUGGAGAAUUUGUGCUGAAGAGAAACAGUAGUAAUGUAAAGAAUUUUGCAAAACAUUAACUGUUGUUCAAGCCUCAUUUACCAUCAGAGAAUUAAGCUUUAUGAAUGUAAGGCAUGUUCCAAAGACCUUAUCUUCAUUUGUAUCAUACUCAACAUCUGAUUAUUCAUACUGGAGAGAAACUUAGCAAAUAUAAAAAAUGGGACAUCUUUAACCAGUACACAAACCUUAUUCAACAUCAGCAGUCAUACUGAAGAAAAGCUACAAAUGUAUAGAGUGAGAAUAAGUCUUUACAGCAUACUUGACAUAAGAAUUCAUACUAGAGAAAAACUUUACAUCUGAAGAGUGUAUGAAUUGUAUAGUUGGACCUGCAGUGUCAAUAUCAGGGAUUGCAUAAUGGGAAGGAAUUGCAUUAACAAUAAAGGAUGGAACUCUUUUUCCCAAAAUAUACACUUAAAGAAUUUAUCCCUUAGCCCUGGCCGGUUUGGCUCAGCGGUUAGAGCGUCAGCCUGCGGUCCAAAGAGACCGGGGUUCUGUUCC